AUGGCCCAACCCCACCAGGGCGGCUACGAUGAUGGCUACGGCCACGAGCGCCCAGCCGCCGGCGGCCACGAUGGCUACUAUCAAGACGACCAGCAGGCCUAUUACGAUCAGCAAGGAUACGCGCAGGSUGGCCAGCACGAUGGCUACUACGACGACCAGGGCUACUACCAGGCCGGACAAGAGGGCUAUCAGCAAGAUGGCUACUACGACGCUGGCCAGCAGGGCUAUCAAGAUGAGUACUACAACGACCAGUACUACGACCAAGGUGCUCCCGCUGCAGGCCAGUAUCAGCAAAAUGGUCAAGCUGGCCAGGGCGGACCCCCCAGAAGACGCGGUCAUGAUUCUGAAGAAGACUCGGAGACAUUCAGUGACUUCACUAUGAGAUCCGACAUGGCGCGCGCCGCCGAGAUGGAUUAUUAUGGCCGUGGCGAUGAACGCUACAACUCGUACGGUGAAGGUCAAGCCCGUGGCUUCCGACCGCCAUCAUCUCAGGUCUCCUAUGGAGGCAACCGGUCGUCUGGAGCGUCCACGCCCGUCUACGGCAUGGACUACACAAGCGCACUUCCAGCUGGUCAGAGGUCUAGAGAGCCAUACCCAGCUUGGACGUCUGACGCUCAAAUCCCACUCUCCAAGGAGGAGAUUGAGGACAUUUUCCUCGAUCUCACUGCCAAAUUCGGCUUCCAGCGCGACAGCAUGCGGAACAUGUUUGAUCAUUUCAUGACGCUGCUCGAUUCCCGUGCCUCGCGCAUGUCUCCCAACCAGGCUCUUUUGUCACUGCACGCUGACUACAUUGGUGGCGAGAACGCCAACUACCGAAGAUGGUAUUUUGCAGCGCACCUCGAUCUCGACGACGCCGUCGGCUUCGCCAACAUGAAGCUUGGAAAGGCCAAUCGGGCGACUAGAAAGGCUCGCAAGGCGGCCAAGAAAAAGAAGGACGCUUCUUCCGAGCCACAGGAUGAAGAGGCAACCCUUGAGAGUCUCGAGGGGGACAACAGCUUGGAAGCCGCCGAGUAUCGCUGGAAGACACGCAUGAACCGCAUGUCGCAGCAUGACCGAACCCGUCAGAUUGCGCUCUACCUGCUCUGCUGGGGUGAGGCCAAUCAAGUGCGCUACAUGCCAGAACUGCUGUGCUUCAUCUACAAGUGCGCCGAGGACUACUACCAGUCCCCUGCGUGCCAGAACCGUGUCGAGCCGGUCGAAGAGUUCACGUAUUUGAUCAACUGCAUCAACCCUCUCUACGAUUACUGCCGAGACCAGGGAUACGAGAUUGCUGAUGGCAAAUACGUCCGCAAAGAGCUUGACCAUCAAAAGGUCAUUGGGUACGACGACAUGAACCAGCUGUUUUGGUACCCUGAAGGCAUUGAGCGAAUCGGCUUCGAAGAUAAGACUCGAAUCGUCGACUUGCCACCGGCCGAGAGGUACGAGCGCUUGAAGGAUGUUGUUUGGAAGAAGGCGUUCUUCAAGACCUUCAAGGAGACGCGUUCUUGGUUCCACAUGUUGACCAACUUCAACCGAAUCUGGAUUAUUCACGUGUGCUUCUUCUGGUUCUACACGGCAUUCAACUCUCCAACUCUGUACACCAAGGAUUACCAGCAGCAGCUCAACAACCAACCCCGUGGAUCUGCUCACUGGUCUGCAGUUGCAUUGGCCGGUACUGUCGCCUGUGUUCUCCAGAUCUUGGGCACCCUGGCCGAGUGGCUUUACGUUCCUCGACGAUGGGCCGGCGCUCAGCACUUGACAAAGCGUCUUUUCGCUCUGCUCGGCUGCCUUGCCAUUAACGUCGCACCGUCGAUCUACAUUUUCUUCGUCAGCCAAUCUGGGAAAAUCGCACUCAUUCUCGGAAUCGUGCAGUUCCUGAUCGCUUUGGUGACCGUCUUCUUCUUCGGAAUCAUGCCUCUCGGAGGACUGUUUGGCAGCUACCUGAACGGCAAGCGCAGGCAGUACGUCGCCAGCCAAACGUUCACUGCCAGCUAUCCCCGCCUGAAGGGCAACGACAUGUGGAUGUCCUACGGACUGUGGGUUCUGGUCUUUGCCGCCAAGUUGGCUGAGUCCUACUUCUUCUUGACUCUGUCGUUCCGUGAUCCUAUCCGUAUCCUGUCGACCAUGGAGAUCAGGAACUGCAUUGGUGACAAGAUCAUCGGCGACAUACUCUGCAAGAAGCAGCCGGUCGUGUUGCUCAUUCUCAUGUACUUCACCGAUCUGGUGCUGUUCUUUUUGGACACUUACCUCUGGUACGUCAUCUGGAACUGUGUCUUUUCCGUUGCGCGGUCCUUCUACCUGGGUGUUUCUAUCUGGACACCGUGGAGAAACAUCUUCUCCCGCCUGCCCAAACGUGUCUACUCCAAGAUUCUGGCCACCACCGACAUGGAGAUCAAGUACAAGCCAAAGGUCCUCAUCUCUCAGAUCUGGAACGCCAUUGUCAUCUCCAUGUAUCGCGAGCAUUUGCUGGCCAUCGACCACGUUCAGAAGCUCCUCUACCACCAGGUGCCAUCUKAGCAAGAAGGCAAGCGCACUCUCCGUGCCCCGACCUUCUUCGUGUCCCAGGAAGAUCACUCAUUCAAGACCGAAUUCUUCCCCGCGCAGUCCGAGGCUGAGCGUCGUAUCUCCUUCUUCGCACAAUCGCUCUCUACGCCAAUCCCAGAGCCCCUUCCAGUUGAUAACAUGCCCACUUUCACUGUCAUGAUUCCUCACUACAGCGAGAAGAUUCUGUUGUCUCUCCGCGAGAUCAUUCGCGAGGACGAGCCCUACUCGCGUGUCACCAUGUUGGAGUACCUCAAGCAGCUCCACCCACACGAGUGGGACUGCUUCGUCAAGGACACUAAGAUUCUUGCGGACGAGACCUCUCAGUUCAACGGCGACUACGAGAAGAAUGAAAAGGACACCCAGAAGAGCAAGAUCGACGAUUUGCCAUUCUACUGCAUCGGAUUCAAGUCUGCUGCACCCGAAUACACCCUCAGAACCCGUAUCUGGGCCUCUUUGCGCUCUCAGACGCUCUACCGCACGAUCUCUGGCUUCAUGAACUACAGUCGUGCGAUCAAGCUCCUCUACCGUGUGGAGAAUCCUGAGGUCGUCCAAAUGUUCGGUGGCAACUCCGACAAGCUGGAGCGCGAGCUCGAACGCAUGGCCCGUCGCAAGUUCAAGAUUGUUGUAUCCAUGCAGCGAUAUGCCAAAUUCAGCAAGGAGGAGCGCGAGAACGCCGAGUUCUUACUCCGUGCGUACCCCGACCUACAAAUUGCCUAUCUGGAUGAGGAGCCUCCUGCCAAUGAGGGUGAGGACCCAAGACUCUUCUCUGCACUGAUCGAUGGUCACUCUGAGCUCAUGGAGAAUGGAAUGCGCCGCCCCAAGUUCCGUGUCAUGCUUUCUGGAAACCCCAUUCUCGGUGACGGCAAGUCUGACAACCAGAACCACUGCCUGAUCUUCUACCGCGGCGAGUACAUCCAGCUCAUCGAUGCCAACCAAGACAACUACCUCGAAGAGUGCUUGAAGAUUCGAUCCGUCCUUGCAGAGUUCGAGGAGAUGACCACCGACAACGUUUCCCCUUACACACCUGGCCUGCCCCCAACCAAGUACAACCCUGUGGCCAUUCUUGGUGCACGUGAAUACAUUUUCUCCGAGAACAUCGGUAUCCUUGGUGAUGUCGCUGCUGGAAAGGAACAGACAUUCGGUACUCUCUUCGCUCGUACUCUUUCCCAGAUUGGUGGCAAGCUCCACUACGGACAUCCCGAUUUCCUCAACGGCAUUUUCAUGACCACUCGUGGUGGUGUCUCCAAGGCCCAGAAAGGAUUGCAUCUCAACGAGGACAUUUACGCUGGUAUGAACGCAAUACUACGUGGAGGUCGCAUCAAGCACUGCGAGUACUACCAGUGUGGAAAGGGCCGUGAUUUGGGUUUCGGCUCCAUUCUCAACUUCACCACCAAGAUCGGAACUGGUAUGGGUGAGCAGAUGUUGUCUCGCGAAUACUACUACCUCGGCACCCAGCUYCCUCUGGAUCGCUUCCUCUCCUUCUACUACGCUCACCCUGGCUUCCACAUCAACAACUUGUUCGUCAUGUUGUCGGUGCAGAUGUUCAUGUGGGUCUUGUUGAAUUYGGGAGCACUCCGCCACGAGACAAUUGCCUGCAGAUACAACCGCGACGUUCCAGAGACCGACCCGCUCUACCCAACUGGCUGCGCUAACACUGUGCCAAUCAUGGACUGGGUCCAGCGUUGUAUUGUGUCGAUCUUCAUCGUGUUCUUCAUUUCGUUCGUUCCACUCACGGUCCAAGAAUUGACAGAGCGCGGAUUCUGGAGAGCUCUGACCCGUCUCGCAAAGCACUUUUCCUCGCUUUCGCCAUUCUUCGAGGUGUUUGUCACGCAGAUCUAUGCAUACUCUCUCCAGCAAGAUCUGUCUUUCGGUGGCGCCCGCUACAUUGGAACGGGUCGUGGUUUCGCAACCGCACGGAUGCCAUUUGGUGUGCUGUACUCGCGAUUCGCUGGUCCGUCCAUCUACAUGGGCGCGCGCCUCUUGAUGAUGCUGCUCUUCGGAACGUUAACAGUCUGGGGUUACUGGCUGCUCUGGUUCUGGGUGUCCCUCCUUGCCUUGUGCGUUUCGCCUUUCAUCUUCAACCCGCAUCAGUUCGCUUGGUCCGAUUUCUUCAUCGACUACCGAGAGUUCUUGCGGUGGUUGUCGCGCGGAAACACCAAGGCACACUCUGCUUCCUGGAUUGGAUUCGUCCGUCUGUCGCGUACCCGUCUUACUGGUUUCAAGCGCAAGGCAUUGGGAGAGCCGUCUUCCAAGCUCUCUGGUGACACUCCUCGGUCCAAGUUCACCAACAUUUUCUUUAGUGAAGUACUUGGUCCGCUUGUCCUGGUCGCUGCCACCACCAUCCCGUACCUGUUCAUGAACGCAGGUGUGGGUGUUAUUGAAGCCAAUGAUGGAAACUCAGACAUCAGCAUCGAAGCCACAAAUUCGCUCAUCCGACUCGGUAUCUGCGCAUUUGGACCUAUUGGAAUCUACGCUGGUGUUGCCGGCAUGUUCUUCGGCAUGGCUUGUUGCAUGGGACCAUUGUUCAGCAUGUGCUGCAAGAAGUUUGGUGCCGUACUGGCUGGUAUUGCACACGGUAUUGCCGUCGUCGCUCUGCUGGCCAUCUGGGAAGUCAUGUUCUUCCUCCAGAGCUGGAACUUCUCCAAGGCUCUCCUGGGCAUGAUUGCUGUGGUCGCCAUUCAGCGAUUCGUUUUCAAGCUCAUCAUUGCUCUGGCCCUUACGAGAGAGUUCCGCGCCGAUACCUCCAACAUAGCAUGGUGGACURGCAAGUGGUACGCUCUUGGAUGGCACACGCUCUCUCAGCCAGGUCGUGAGUUCCUAUGCAAGAUCACUGAGAUGGGCUUCUUCGCUGCCGACUUUGUCCUUGGCCACGUUCUGCUGUUCUUCAUGCUGCCAGCAAUUCUUGUCCCGUACAUCGACAAGUUCCACUCGGUCAUGCUCUUCUGGCUGCGCCCUAGUCGCCAGAUCCGCCCUCCGAUCUACUCGCUCAAGCAGUCGAAGCUUCGCAAGCGUCGUGUCGUCCGCUACGCCAUUCUGUACUUCGUGAUGUUUGUGGUCUUCAUUCUGCUGAUUGUUGGCCCGGUCGUCGCCAAGAAGUUCAUCGAUAUUCCGAAGAUCGACCUCAUGCAGCUUCAGCAACCUACCAACUGGAACAACAACGACACCAGUGCUAGCGACACCGGCACUGCCAGAGGUUCGGGCGCAAAGGCGACAGGUACUGGUGCCCGCGGUACUGCCCGCGCAAGCUCCACUCGUACGUCGCGCGCUGGCAGCGGUAACACAGGCAACAACAACCGGAUGUUCAUGUUCUAG